AUGCUGCUUGUUCACCAGGUCGGCAGCGUCAAGGUCGGCGAGGUCGUCCGGUACACGCUGACCUACACGCCUUCUCGUGAUCGCGUCCUUCCAACGCCGACUCACCUGCACCUCAAAGUCAAGAACACCUCGGCGAUUCCUCUUCGCGCUGCAUGGGUACAUGGGCCAUACGCUCUGCACGUGUCGGCUUAUCCAGUCACCUUCAACCCACACAAGAAGAUCGAGAACCCUGAAAAGGAGGGCGCGCCAGAAUAUGAGCCCAUGGUCAAGGCGGGAGGAAGCUUCACUGCAAAAUUGCUCGUCCCGGAGGUGAUAAGGGAAACUGGAGCGGAUGUAUCAUACAAGCCGCGGCCAAAGUCGUCCCAAUCAGAGGCAACGAACGAGAGAGGAAGUGUCACGUGGAUCAUCGAGGUCGCGUCUCAAAUCCUUUUCUCUAACUCUGCGACUGUGGGAUUCGAGUUGCUGGUAGGCCGAGAGGAGCGUGCCUUAAAUCUUGGCUUCACUGGUGUCAACGGAAACGGUCAAGGCAGGCCUGGCCGAGUGAAGGAGCAGUACAGUGAGCAGGAACGCCGCGAGGCACGGAAGCGAGAGCACGUCACCACCGAAGGAGUCUACUCGAAAGCAGUCCGCUUGGUUGUAGAGGACACCGAGGUACUAUGGGACAAACCACCGUUGCCUGAGCGGAUAGAGGAGGACGAAGCGAAGCACGCCCCCAGUGAUGGGACCAGGUCGGCGACAGCCAAAGCACAAAAGGAGGCGAAGGAAAAGAAGAAGCGAAAUGUUCAUUUAGUGGUGGUGACACAUGGUUUGCAUAGCAAUAUUGGGGCAGACAUGCUGUUCCUUAAGGAGAGUAUCGAUGCGACAGUCAAGCAGGCGAGACUGGAUGCGCGCAAGCGCAAGAGGCAAUAUCGCAAAGACCAUUCUACGGGGAGCAACGCUAAAACCACCAAAAGUGCCGAAAAUGGAUCCGAGGAGCAUGACGAAAAUGGCACAUCCACAGCGGCAUUGUCCGGAGGACAAGACGAGUUGGACAAUGAUGCCGACUGCUCUGACGACGAGGAGCUCACGGUCGUACGUGGAUUUACUGGCAAUGCAAUUCGCACCGAGAACGGCAUCCAAUAUCUGGGAAAGCGCUUGGCUAAAUAUGUCCUGCGUUUCACUUAUCCCGAUCAACCAUUUUUACCUGUCAAGAAGACGUUCUCUCGGAAGCUCAGCGACACUUUUCAUAGCGAGGCUGACAAGGCAAAGCGCGAUGGUGCACCGUCGCAUCAUGGUAGCUCAAUCCAUCAUCCCCGAUAUACGCAAAACCCCGAAGAUCUACCCUACAAGAUUACCAGCAUCUCGUUCGUCGGUCACAGCUUGGGUGGCUUGAUUCAGACAUAUGCCAUUGCUUACAUCCACAAGCACAGCCCGACAUUCUUCAAGAACAUCGAACCUAUCAAUUUCAUUUGCAUGGCAUCUCCCAUGCUUGGACUGAGCAACGAAAAUCCGAUGUACGUCAAAUUCGCAUUAGAUUUUGGACUCGUGGGUCGAACCGGUCAAGACUUAGGAUUGACCUGGCGUGCGCCCAAUGUGGCCAAGGGAGGGUGGAAUGCUGUGGUGGGUGGUCUUGCGAAUCUGCAAAAUAAGAACAAGGAGGAGGAGGAGAAGAAACCUGAUGCCUCUGCGAAGCCAUUGUUGCGGAUUCUGCCUACCGGUCCUGCUCAUCAAGUUUUGAAAAUGUUUCGCAACCGCACAGUCUACUCGAAUGUUGUCAACGAUGGCAUCGUGCCGCUGCGCACAAGUUGUCUGCUCUUCCUCGACUGGCGCGGCUUAGGCAAAGUGGAGAAGGCCAGGCGAGAGAACGGUUUGAUUGGAACCAUGGCGGGAUGGGGUUGGGCUGAAUUGACAGGCGCCAACUUGUCGACCAUUAAGCCAAAUGUCACGUCGGAGCGUGGCUAUGAUGAUGACGACGACGAGUCCGAUGGUAACAACGCUCUCAAGCGACCAGCAAGUGGCGAUACCGUCCCGCAACCCGCUGAAAACGAGACGCAGGAGGACGGCAAGCGACUCAGUUUCCGAAAGAGUCAGGAAAAUGAGCAGGCGCCCUCGGAUGAUACACCUGCACCUCUGAAGAAGCAGCGGACUGAGAAGAAUGCGAACCAAAAUGGAGGUGGUGUGAUUGAUACUGUCCUCGGUUGGCUGCGCCCAAACCCGCCAGAUCAACCCAAACCACCGCCUCAACCUUCGAAGAAGACAUCUAAGGCAUUUCAUCGCGCGCAGACACUCUCCUUCGAUGACAACCCUGAGAGUAACGACGAAUCAUCAGAGCAAGAUGCAGGAACGGCGCGUAACCCCACCAUUAACCCAACACAUCACAUUUCGCCUUCGCACAUUGCAAAGCGUCCUGUAGCGUCUCGCGGCAACACCACAUCAUCGAGUACGUCCGAUGCGAGCGCCGCGAGGGCGCCGUCGUUGCCUCCGCGUACGUCCAUCUUCGAGUCCGCCGGUGAUCUGUUACAUCCACCUUUGCCUAGUAAGCAGUGGAUUGCGGAUCCCGCCGUCCGCGCUCGAACAAUUUUCCAUGAUCGAGUCUAUCGACCAGAAGAUAUUCCACCGCCACCUGUCAAAAAGGCGAAUGGCAGCCGACGAGGAUCUGGACGGCAGCCUCUGAGUCGGACAACAUCUAAUGAGCUCACCACUCUUCAACACAAAAGCACAUCCCAAGACACCUCUCCUAUGAAAAUCGAGGAGAAGAUUGCACGAGCUUAUCAUCAAGAUCUCACCUGGCGCAAGGUCCUUGUGCGUCUCGAGCCAGAUGCUCAUAACAAUAUGAUCGUCAGACGAAUGUUUGCUAAUGCAUACGGAUGGCCCGUGAUCAAGCAUCUUUGUGACACUCACUUUGCUGAUACCGAAGCCGCUCGUACUCGUGAUGAAGAUGAAGACACAAGAGAGCGGGCA